AUGGAUAUUUCUGGCAACGCGUUAGUAGUUGGUGGAGGUAGUGGCAUUGGCAGAGCAUGUGCGAUUCUGUUCGCGAAAGAAGGUGCUUCUGGCGUGAUGAUUGCGGAUGUUAAUACUGACGCAGCGGCUCGCGUCUUGGAUGAGUGCAAAGCCGUAGCCACGAACAGCCAAUUCCAUGGCGAGGCAGUACACGUCGAUAUCACCGAGGAGGAAUCCGUCUGUCGGCUCGUAGGUCGAAUGAUGCGCGUUUUCAGCCGCAUGGAUUAUUGCGUUAACUGUGCGGGGAUCGGCGUCCAGGAGGCAGCCGAUAUCGCGGUGUUGUCAUUGGACGAGCUUCGACGGUUCCUCGACGUCAAUACCGUGGGCAUGUUCCUAGUGACACGAGAGGCAUCUAUAGCAAUGCGAGCCCAGGAGCCUCGACCUGUGUCGCAUUCUGCGCCUAACCGUGGAACGACGCGCGGAGCCAUCGUCAACCUUGGUUCUGGAUCUUCCCUAAUCGCCACUCCAGGAGUUAUCCCUUACACUACAUCCAAGCAUGCAGCACUUGGAUUGAGCAAGAAUAGCGCUGACACACAGGAACUGACAGCUCUUGAUAAUGCACCUCAUGCCAUCAGGGUCAACUGUGUGUGUCCGUCGUGGACUGAUACCCCUAUGGUGCGGGCUGCCAUGGACGGCGUGGAGGGGCUGACUAAGAUCAUUGAAGCUGCAGUCCCCAUUGGCAGGAUAGCAGUACCGGAAGAAGUGGCCGACGCAGUCAUUUUUCUGUGCAGCCCCAGGUCAAGUUAUGUCACUGGCUGCGGGUUUAUUGUCGAUGGAGGAACGACGCUAACUGCAUUGAGAUAG